AUGUCGUUCUACCAGCCCGAUUCGAGUGCUAUGCGUUCUGCGCCCGGACCCCACGCGGUGCCUGGCGCGCCCGACGCGAAGCCUGGUGGCCCAGUGGAGGGUCUUUCGAUGCCUCAGGAGGCUGGUGCACAGGUGCAGCAGUCUGCGCCACUUAGCACGCUCAUCCAGCAGUUCUCGCGCAACCCUGGGCAGUUCCAGCGCCACUUUUGGCGCCAUCAAAUGGACCUGGUGGAAAAUGGAUUCGACUCGGACGGCAAGGCGAUCGACUUUUAUAAUCUCGGCUCGACGCCGAACGGGAGCAGCAGCGCCCUGCCGCUUGCGCGUAUCAAAAAGGUGAUGAAGAACGACGACGAGGUCAAGAUGAUCUCGGCAGAGGCGCCCAUCCUCUUCUCGCGCGCGUGUGAAAUCUUUAUCUCGGACCUGACCUGCCGCGCGUUCAUGGUUGCUGAGGAAAACAAGCGGCGUACGAUCCAGCGCUCCGACAUUGCGAACGCCAUUGCGCGUUCUGACCUGUUUGACUUCUUGAUCGAUAUUGUACCGCGCUCGGAUAUGGUCAGGAACCGCAGCUCCAGCGUGCCGAUUCGUAAUGCACUUCCUGCGACAAACGUCGCGCCGGGUCUCGGCGGCGAUGUCGCGUCCCGUGUCGGGAUGAACGAGGCGAUGCUCGACCCCAGCAAAGGCCCGUCGGGCUUUAUGCCCUUGCGGCCGUCACAGCCUGAUAUGCGUGGCCGCCUGGAGAAUGAGAUGAACAUGCACCCGGCCGCUCAAGCUAUGAAAGGCAUGCCCAAGGCGCCACUCGGCAGCGAGUGGGGCCCGCCCAUGUACCCCUUCCACGCUCCGAACCCCAUGGGCGACGCACGCGUGCACCCCGGUGCGGGUAUGGGCAUGCGCGGUGCGCCACCGGCCGCGCCAGGCAUGCCGCGGGGUAACGUCGACGCGUCGUCCUUUAUGGAUGCGAGCUCGUCGUUGUCCAUGCCGCCACACCAGCAGCGUGGCGCGUUUCUGAACAUGGUGCCCUACCCCAUGGAGGAGAACAAGGGUGAAAAUGCGCCGGGCGAGUAG